AUGGCCUUGGACCUGCACUUGGCCAUCUGCCACCCACCUGUUACCCAGUGCCUAUGUCUCAGAGGUUUUGGCCAUUUGCUAGCUGCUUCAUGUUGGCUCUCUGGCUUCCUGUGGUUCCUGACACCCGUCGCUUUGAUCUCCCAGCUCUGCUUCUGCGGCCCCAACGUUCUCGACCAUUUCCUCUGCGACCCAGGCCCUCUGCUGUCCUUGUCCUGCACGCCGGCACCUCGCACAGAAACGACCUUCUACAGCCUGAGCUCGAUUGCCAUUUUCGGAACGUUCCUCUUCAUCGUGUGCUCCUACACUGCAGUUCUGCUGGCCGUAGCAAAGGUGCCUUCUGCUGCCGGGAGGCAAAAAGCCUUCUCCACUUGCAGCUCACACUUGGCCGUGGUGAGCCUUUUCUACGGGUCCAUCAUGGCCACCUACGUAGUCCCUGAAGCUUCGGGAAGCAGCAGCAAGGUGGUGACCUGCAUCUAUGCCCUGAUGACCCCUUUGCUCAACCCACUUAUCUAUAGCUUGAGGAACAAAGAGAUGAAAGGCGCCUUGAGAAAGACUUUGUGGGGGAAACAGAGGCUCUGA